AUGGUCGUGUUAAACAAAAUUAUAAUCCAUCUGUUCGGUUGGGCUGAUCAGCCCCCUCGCCGCCCCCGCAGAAGUUUCCCUGGCAAGGCUGAGAAGUGGGCUUGUGCUGACCCUUCUCUCCCUCUCUUUGCAGACCUGUUCCCCCUCAUCUUCUCCGAGCCCACUGCAGCCACUGGCCCCUAUGUCGAGAUCAUCGAGCAGCCCAAGCAGCGGGGCAUGCGCUUUCGCUACAAGUGUGAGGGCCGCUCAGCGGGCAGUAUCCCCGGCGAGAGGAGCACAGACACCACCAAGACCCACCCCACCAUCAAGAUCAAUGGCUACACGGGGCCAGGGACAGUUCGCAUCUCUCUGGUCACCAAGGACCCCCCUCACCGGCCUCACCCCCAUGAGCUGGUGGGGAAGGACUGCCGGGACGGCUUCUACGAGGCUGAGCUCUGCCCAGACCGCUGCAUCCACAGUUUCCAGAAUCUGGGGAUCCAGUGUGUGAAGAAGCGGGACCUGGAACAGGCCAUCAAUCAGCGCAUCCAGACCAACAACAAUCCCUUUCAAGUUCCCAUUGAAGAGCAGCGAGGGGACUAUGACCUGAAUGCCGUGCGGCUCUGCUUCCAGGUGACAGUGCGGGACCCCACAGGCAGGCCUCUCCGCCUGUCGCCGGUCCUCUCUCAUCCCAUCUUUGAUAACCGUGCCCCCAACACUGCUGAGCUCAAGAUUUGCCGAGUGAACCGAAACUCGGGGAGCUGCGCUGGGGGGGAUGAGAUCUUCCUGCUGUGUGACAAGGUGCAAAAAGAGGACAUUGAGGUGUAUUUCACCGGACCAGGCUGGGAGGCCCGAGGCUUCUUUUCACAAGCUGAUGUGCACCGACAAGUGGCCAUUGUGUUCCGGACGCCCCCCUACAUGAACCCCAGGCUGCAGGCUCCCGUGCGCGUCUCCAUGCAGCUGCGGCGGCCGUCCGAUCGGGAGCUCAGCGAGCCCAUGGAAUUCCAGUACUUGCCAGACACAGAUGAUCGUCACCAGAUUGAGGAAAAACGCAAGAGGACAUACGAGACCUUUAAGAGCAUCAUGAAAAAGAGUCCUUUCACGGGACCCACGGACCCCCGGACUCCACCCCGGCGCAUCGCUGUGCCUUCCCGGAGCGCACCGUCUGCCCCCAAGCCAGCUCCCCAGCCCUAUUCUUUCACGUCAUCCCUCAGCACCAUCAACUUUGAGGAGUUUUCCCCCAUGGUCUAUACGUCUGGGCCGAUUGCAGGCCAGCCUUCGGCCCUGGCACCAGCCACUACCCCUGUCCUGUCCCAGGCCCCACCUCCUUCCCCAGCCAUGGUGCCAGCUCUGCCCCAGGCCCCAGCCCCUGUCCCAGUCCUAGCCCCAGGCCUUCCUCAGGCUGUGGCCCCGCCUGCCCCCAAGGCCUCCCUGGCUGGGGAGGGGACGCUGACAGAGGCCCUGCUGCACCUGCAGUUUGAUGGGGAGGAAGACCUGGGGUCCCUCCUCGGCAGCAGCACCGACCCAGCUGUGUACUCGGACCUGGCCUCUGUUGACAACUCUGAGUUUCAGCAGCUGCUGAACCAGGGGGUGUCUAUGGCCCCCACCACAGCUGAGCCCAUGCUGAUGGAAUACCCCGAGUCUAUAACUCGCCUGGUAACAGGGUCCCAGAGGCCCCCUGAUCCUGCCCCCACUGCCCUGGAGGCCUCUGGGCUCCCCAACGGGCUCCUCUCUGGGGAUGAAGUUUUCUCCUCCAUGACGGAUGUGGACUUCUCGGCCCUUCUGAGUCAGAUCAGCUCUUAAGGGGGUGACGCCUGCCGAGCACGGAGUGGUGGUUGCAGGGGAUUGGUGCCCUCCCAAAGCGAGCACUUAAAGAUUCUGGGGGGUAUGUUCCAGCUGUCUCCAAAUUCUUUGGGUGAUGUCUUCUUGGGGCGGGGGGAGGGUGCAUUUUACUUUCCUUGGCAGUAUGUAACCUUUUGGAGGUGCUUAAGCAGAAGCAUUAACUUCUCUGGCAAGGGGGGAGCUGGGGAGACUCAAACUCAUUCUUCCCCUUUCCUGAUCUUCAGCUCCUUUCAGUGGGAAUUCUGGGGACCCCGAUCCCUACCCUCCGGCUUCUACACUCUCUUAGAGAGUGGGUGGGCUGGAGCUGUGGCCUUUGAGGCCUCAAAGCCUUAUUACCAAGCGUCUUCCUUGAAUCAUGGAUUCAUUUACACCUUGAGCCAAAAUCGCCUCUUCCAGCUCCUCGGCACCAGUGUGGUCCGGUGCCCACACCAGCACCCGAGGGCCUGGCCUUCCUGCCUGCACAGGCCUCUGCCAGCUCUUCCCUUGUUUAGCUGUGAUGGGGGAAACUGGAGGAGCAGUACCAGCCCCAGCCAGGACCCGGGGAUUUUGGAGAUGUCUCUGUUCCCUCUUUUCUCAAGUGCCUUAAUAGUAGGGAGAGCUUUGGGGAGGGCAGGCUGGCACUCUCCAGUCAAGCGGCAGUUUUUACUGAAGAAUCGAAGCAUUUGGGCUCUCGCUGUUUCUACUCUGAACUAAUAAAUUUGUUGCCAAGCUGA